UUUAUGUGACGUAUUUCCUGUGCGACAGUCGCCGCGCUGUGAAAACGUUUGUUUGCGAUGCUUUUUUUUAAAUUUUAUUUUAUUUAAGUGUUUAGGUUUUUUGUUAUAAUUGUUAAUUGAGCAUUUUUGCAUCUUUGUGAAAGAUUAGUGACGUCUUUACGAGAUGUCUUUAGCAGAUGAACUCUUGGCUGAUUUGGAGGAAGCUGGGGAGGAAGGAGAGGAUGGACUGUAUCCAGGUGGAGAAGAAGACCAGUUUGAUGGAGAAAUUGUGAACAGAGAAGGACAUGGAGGUCUGGAGGUCAUUCCAGAGGAGAUGGAGACGGACUACAGCACUACAGAGUGUGUGACUUCUAUAGCAAAACUGCGCAACAGCAAAUCAUUUGCUGAGAUCAUGGAUAAGAUUGCGCAGUACGUCGAGAAUCCACGCAAAACUACAGACGUUUCAGGUCCGGUGGAGGCCGAUCCCGAGUAUCGUCUCAUCGUCGCUGCGAAUAACCUCACGGUGGAGAUCGAUAAUGAGCUGAAUAUUAUUCAUAAAUUUGUGCGUGAUAAAUACUCAAAGAGAUUCCCGGAGCUGGAGUCGCUGGUGCCAAACACGCUGGAUUACAUCAGGACUGUCAAGGAGCUGGGGAACAACCUGGACAAGUGUAAGAACAAUGAAACGCUGCAGCAGAUUCUGACCAAUGCCACCAUCAUGGUGGUCAGUGUUACCGCUUCCACCACACAGGGUGCAUUACUGGCAGAGGAUGAGCUUCAGCGACUGGAGGAGGCUUGUGACAUGGCACUCGAGCUCAACCAAUCGAAACACAGGAUCUACGAAUAUGUCGAGUCGAGGAUGUCCUUCAUCGCACCGAAUCUGUCCAUCAUCGUCGGAGCCUCGACGGCUGCCAAGCUCAUGGGAAUCGCUGGUGGACUGACGAACCUGUCAAAGAUGCCGGCGUGUAACUUGAUGCUGUUGGGAGCACAGAAAAGAACGCUGUCUGGCUUCAGCAGCACGUCACUGCUGCCUCACACAGGCUACAUCUACCACUGCGACGUCGUUCAGUCCCUCCCACCAGAUCUGAGGAGAAAAGCAGCACGUCAGGUCUCGGCCAAGUGCACGCUCGCAGCCCGUGUAGACAGUUUUCACGAGAGUGCAGAUGGCAAGGUCGGUUAUGAACUGAAGGAGGAGAUUGAGCGUAAAUUUGAUAAGUGGCAGGAGCCGCCGCCCGUCAAACAGGUGAAGCCCCUCCCUGCCCCGCUCGAUGCUCCAAGGACAAAAAGAGGAGGCAGGAGGUACCGGAAGAUGAAGGAGCGGUUGGGACUCACGGAGAUCAGAAAACACGCCAACAGAAUGACGUUCGCUGAGAUUGAAGACGACGCCUAUCAGGAGGAUCUGGGCUUCAGCUUGGGGCAGCUGGGUAAAUCAGGCAGCGGCAGGGUGAGACAGGCGCAGGUUAACGAUGCAACGAAAGCUCGCAUCUCCAAGUCCCUGCAGCGGACGUUGCAGAAACAGAGCAUGACGUACGGAGGCAAGUCCACCGUCAGAGACCGGUCUUCAGGGACGAGCUCCAGUGUGGCAUUCACUCCGUUACAGGGUUUGGAGAUCGUCAAUCCGCAGGCUGCAGAGAAGAAGGUGGCCGAAGCCAACCAGAAAUAUUUCUCCAACAUGGCAGAGUUCCUCAAGGUCAAGAAAGAGGGAGGAGCCAAAGCGUGAGCUUGACCCCUGCACGCAAGGCUUUUCUGACGUGUAAAGAGUAUAAUGUUGUCUUACAAUUUAAGUUCCUUUGCCUCACUUUUUUUUAAAUAAAUGUGAAAAAGGAUUAAAA